AUGUAUUCAUAUGAACAUGAGUGCCAAAGGCACAUUCGCAUAACUGUCACUGGGGCACAGCAGUAUGCUGCUCAUGCUGCCGUUGUUCAGAAAUCUAAUUACAUUUUUUGGCAUCAGAUGUGGCUAAUGUUUGCCAACAACAUUAGCAGCAACAGUGGCAUCAGCGCUACCCAACAACUCCAAGAACUCACCAUAUCGUUUGGCUCGCAGCUCACCAUACGCAUUGGCACCCAGCACAAAACAUCCCUUUGGCUUGAACCUCACCAUAUCCUUUGGCUCGCAGCUCACCAUACUCGUUGGCACUCAGCACAGCAAAUCGCUUUGGCUCGCAGUUCAUCAUACCCUUUGGCUCGCAGCUCACCACACUCUUCGUCUCGCAGCUCACCAGAUACAUUGGCUCGCAGCUCACCAUACCCAUUGGUUCGCAGCGCACCAUACCCGUUGCCACCCAACACAAUAAAUUUCUUUGGCUUGCAGCUCACCAUACCCUUUGGCUCGCAGCUCACCACACUCUUUGUCUUGCAGCUCACCAUACCCUUUGGCAUGCAGCUCACCAUACUCGUUGGCACCCAGCACAAUAAAUCUCUUUGGCUCGCAGCUCACCAUACGCGUUGGCACCCAGCAAAACACAUCACUUUGGCUUGCAGCUCACCAUACCCUUUGGCUCGCAGCUCACCAUACCCUUUGGCACCCAGCACAGCAAAUCGCUUUGGCUCGCAGCUCACCAUACCCUUUGACUCGCAGCUCACCACACUCUUCGUCUCGCAGCUCACCAGAUACAUUGGCUCGCAGCUCACCAUACCCAUUGGUUCGCAGCGCACCAUACCCGUUUGCACCCAGCACAAUAAAUCUCUUUGCUCACCAUACCCUUUGGCUCGCAGUUCACCAUACCCUUUGGCUUGCAGCUCACCAUACGCGUUGGCACCCAGCACAGCAAAUCGCUUUGGCUCGCAGCUCACCAUACCCUUUGGCUCGCAGCUCACCAGAUACAUUGUCUCGCAGCUCACCAUACCCUUUGGCUCGCAGCUCACCACACUGUUUGUCUCGCAGCUCACAAUAUCACAAUACCCAUUGGUUCGCAGCGCACCAUACUCGUUGGCACCCAGCACAUCAAAUCGCUUUGGCUCUCAGCUCACCAUACUCGUUGGCACCCAGCACAAUAAAUCUCCUUGGCUCGAAGCUCACCAUACUCGUUGGCAUCCAGCACAACACAUCCCUUUGGCUCGCUGCUCACCACACUCUUUGGCUCGCAGCUCACCACACCCGUUGGCACCUAGCACAACUAAACACCAUAUCCUUUGUCUUACUGCUCACCAUAUCUUUGAUUCCUAG